AUGCUGUCUCGACCUUCAAGCCGAUUCCUAUCCACUAAAAGGGGCCCUGGACCUGCAGUGAAAAAAUUAAUUGCAAUUGGGGAGAAAUGGAAACAGAAGACAACCCGUGGCUUGCCUAAGCAGGAUACUCUGAAUAGCGGGUCGAAAUAUAUUCUGUGCCAGUUUCCAUAUCCUUCUGGGGCGCUUCACAUAGGACAUCUCCGAGUUUAUGUCAUUAGCGACUCUUUGAAUAGAUUUUACAAACAAAAAGGGUACAACGUGAUACAUCCGAUGGGAUGGGAUGCUUUUGGGUUACCUGCCGAGAACGCUGCUAUAGAAAGAAGCAUUAAUCCGGCCAUAUGGACUAGGGACAAUAUUGCAAAAAUGAAACAACAAAUGCAAAGUAUGCUGGCAAAUUUUGAUUGGGACAGAGAAAUAACUACAUGUGAUCCCGAAUACUAUAAAUUCACCCAAUGGAUUUUCUUAAAACUUUUUGAAAAUGGCUUAGCUUAUCGUAAAGAAGCAGAAAUUAAUUGGGAUCCCGUUGAUAUGACAGUUUUGGCUAAUGAACAAGUGGAUGCCCAGGGCCGUUCUUGGAGAUCAGGGGCUAUUGUGGAAAAGAAGCAGCUAAAACAGUGGUUUUUGGGAAUAACGAAAUUCGCUCCUAAAUUGAAAAAGCACUUGAACCAACUGAAGGACUGGCCUUCCAACGUGAAGCAAAUGCAAAAAAAUUGGAUAGGCGAAUCUGUGGGUGCAGAAUUAGUGUUCAAAGUUGCGGACCCCAAAUUUGAAAACUUGAUUGUCUUUACAACAAGACCGGAAACUCUUUUUGCUGUACAGUAUGUUGCUCUCGCAUUAGACCACCCAAUUGUACAAAAAUACUGCGAGGAAAUGCCGGAUUUAAAAGAGUUUAUACAGAAAAGUGAUCAAUUACCAAACGAUACGAAGGAAGGAUUUCAGUUACCUAACAUAAAGGCCGUAAAUCCCUUAACUAAAGAGGAAGUCCCCAUAUUUGCAGCUCCAUAUGUGGUCAGCAGCUAUGGUUCAGCACCUAGUGCAGUAAUGGGUUGUCCAGGACACGAUAACCGAGAUUUUGAGUUUUGGCAAACAAAUUGUCCUGGUGAACAUAUCAAGACGUGCAUAGCACCUUUUUUUGACGAUGCUUCAAAAGUAACUGAACAGGAAAGACAAAGAAUAAUUGAUACUGUCCCGUUCACAUCUACUGACGGUGUCCUAACCAAAGAAUGCGGAGAACACUCAGGAGUUCUCACUGUAGUGGCAAGGAAAUCGAUAAUGGGGAUGUUGAAUAGCGAAGGACUGUCUAAGAGCGUCGUUAGAUACAAAAUUAGAGAUUGGCUGAUAAGUAGACAAAGAUACUGGGGUACUCCAAUACCCAUCAUUCACUGCGACAACUGUGGACCUGUCCCCGUUCCAGAAAGUGAUCUACCUGUCAAGCUACCAGAACUUGAAGGCUUGGAUACAAAAGGGAAUCCGCUGUCCACAAUCGAUGAAUUUGUAAAUGUCGCCUGUCCUUCAUGCGGGAGCCCUGCGAAAAGAGAAACUGACACCAUGGAUACUUUUAUCGAUAGUUCUUGGUAUUAUUUCAGAUUCUUGGAUCCCAAAAACACUUCAAAACCAUUUGAUCGUGAAAUUGCAAGUAAAAAUAUGCCGGUUGAUAUUUAUAUUGGUGGAGUAGAACAUGCUAUCUUACACUUGUUAUACUCAAGGUUUAUUGCUAAAUUUCUCGGAUCUAUCAAUGCAUGGAGCGACCCUGCUGGCAUCUUCGAACCAUUCAAAAAACUGGUGACACAAGGAAUGGUUCAAGGGAAAACCUAUGUUGACCCCGAUUCUGGUAAAUUUUUGAAGCCUGACGAGUUAACCUUUGUAAAUGACUCUCCAGAUGGCAACACAGUGAUUAUUAAAUCAAAUGGCAAGGUUCCGGUAGUCUCUUAUGAAAAAAUGUCGAAAUCUAAAUACAAUGGUGCAGAUCCAAAUGAAUGUAUUUUAAGACAUGGACCUGAUGCUACGAGAGCACAUAUCCUCUUCCAAAGUCCAAUUGCAGAUGCCCUGAAUUGGGAUGAAUCCAAGAUUGUUGGUAUAGAACGUUGGUUGCAGAAGGUUCUUCAUUUGACCAAAAAUAUUCUCAGUCUCGAGAAGGAUUUGGCAAUAAGUAAAGACUACAAGACCCCGACCGACUUAAAUGAUGCAGAAGUGAAAUUUCACAACGAUUUCCAACGCUUCUUGAAAUCAAUUACGGAAUCAUUUGAAGUUAAUCUAUCGUUAAACACUGUAAUAUCUGAUUAUAUGAAGCUAACCAAUAUUUUAGAAAGUGCAUUGAAAAAAGGUGAAGUAAGGAAUGAAAUGAUAGUACAGAAUUUACAAAAGUUGGUAACCGUUAUAUAUCCUGCUGUCCCGUCAAUUUCAGAAGAAGCUGCAGAGAUGAUCAACUCCCAAAUGGAAUGGAACCAAUACCGCUGGCCAGAAGUUGAGCGCACUACUGAGUCCAAAUUCAAAAAGUUUCAAAUUGUGGUAAAUGGCAGAGUCAAAUUCAUGUACACGGCUGACAAAAACUUUUUGAAAUUAGGUAGGGAUGCUGUUAUUGAAACUUUGAUGAACUUACCGGAAGGGAGAAUGUAUUUGAUGAAUAAAAAAAUCAAAAAAUUUGUCAUGAAAUUCAAUGUGAUUAGUUUCUUAUUCCACAAGUAA